GUUUUCAUCCAGAGUCGGAAGAGUCGAGUUCCGUUUUGCAGACAGCAGUUUCAGUGCUGCAGAACUCCUACUUGGACUCUACAUCUCAGGACGGUUUUCAGUACAGCCAAGCAAUUCUGGUGGAAAACGAUGUUUUUCUAAGUGAGCUCAGAGCUUUUGCCCAAGCAAAGGAAGCCGCCGGGUACAGCCAGGAGGAGCUGGAGGAGACCUUUGCAUUUCUCCUGUUUGAUAAUGAAGAAAAGGCAAAAGAGGUGUGUCAGACAGGCCUCCGUGUAAACAGCAGUUCUGUUUCCACGCUUGGUGACCCAGCAAAAGGGGUUUAUAUUUCCAAGUAUGCAGACUGUCUUCAUCCAAGACCCUGGUAUCAUGGAAAAUCAGGCUAUAUUGUCAUUUGUAAGCUAAUUAAGGGGAAGGUCAAGGUGGUAUCUGAGAAUUACACAACCAGCUAUACCUGCCCGUCUCCCGGCUAUGACUGCCACGUCGCGGUGAGCCGAAAUAACAUACCAUCAAAGACCAGCCACUGCCAGGCCUUCGAGCAGAGCCAGUAUUACGUGUAUGAAGUGUCCGAUGGCAGCACUGCAGAGCGGCCCAGGCAGAUCUGCCCAUACAUAGUCAUCGCCUGCCAGUACAGGGAGCCGAAGGAAAUGCCUGUCUUAGCUAUAGAGAGCCUACCUGAGCUUAACCACAAAGCAUUGUACUGUCCAUGGAGGGGGCAGCUCUCCAUCCGGGGCCAGCUUUUGUGCAACAUCGCCCUGAGGACCCCAUACAGCUCCACGAUUCCAGCCCAGCUGCCUCCCAACCUGGACAUUAACCAUGUCAUGGGUUUGUCCGACUUGAAGAAAAAGCUACCAGAAGCUGCAUUUGGAAAAAGAAAUUACAUUGAGAAUGAGGGUGAGUGCAAAACCCACUGGCGUGUUGAUGGGUUUGACCCCAAGGAGCCCGUCAGCCUCCUGGCCCUGUUUCUGUUCACCUCAUCCCGGUCGGUGUGCCCAAGAGGUGCGGAAGUCCUGUCUGCAGAAUUUGUACACAAAACACAGUCUGAACCUGUUCAGAAGGAAACCUCAGCUCCGGAUGAUCCUGGCUUGGAAACAAAGAGACUAAAGACAGCGAAGAACCCAGACAUGAAAAAAGUUCCUGUUGCUGAGACUGUCGUGAAGCCAGUGAAAAAUUGGAAGCAGCCAUUCUCUGUCCUCCCGAGCGAAGUUUCUUCCCAAUGCCAUGGAGCAGAUAGCCAAAUGAGUGAGAUUUACCCAGGCGGCGUUGCUGAUCUCAGUUUUGAUCUGAAGGGGAAUGACUACGAGUCCCACGCCUUGAACUUGCUGGCUGAUCUGGCUCUGGGUUCUUGUAUUCCUUCGUUUAUCCCCAGGGACAGCGGGAUGAUCGCUGGGUCCUGCAGCCCUUCCAGCGACUGUGCAAAGGAGCAGCAGAGUCAUCGCAAGCACAAAUCCUUGCGUGUUGCUUCCGACCACGAAUACCACAGGGUAGACAAGCUUGCAAAGGGAGCCACCUCUCCUAGCAAAGCAUCACCGAACCAGAAGCUUCCUUCUGCUGAAAAAAUAGACUUAAAUGACUCUAUUCCCAGGGAGAAAAGCCCUGGGAUUUUCAGCAAGAACAGUGCGAGCCCCAGCCCUGCAAAACCCCAUGCGUUGCCUCCACGAGAGACUCAAGAAGCUGCCGAGGUGAACAAGCACUCCUUCAUCUCCGCCGAGCACUCAUACGCCUCACAGAUGCCUGAGCACUCAAAGAAACACAUGUAUCCCAGAGUCCUGCCUUUCCGCCACCAGCAGAACAGCACCCACCACCAACGGCCCUUUGAGGCUGUGACAAUGAGGCGCAGGAGCAGCCUGCUGUCCCCGAGGCUGAAGGAAGACUUUGCCAAGUCCCACACAGUGAACAUCUGUGGCGAGUCCGUGAAGGUGACGUGCCAUUGGGAGGCAGAGUACCUGUUCAAUUUGGACAGCAGAUACACCAAUGAUGCCCUGGAGAAAACCGUCAUCCGCGCCCUGCAUGGGCCCUGGGACCCUGAUCUGCCCGACGACCUGGAAGAGAUGAAGCUGAUACUUCAUAUGUGGGUGGCUCUCUUCUACAGCAAACCCAGCAAACUCCUGAGCAGCACAAGGAAGGUGGUGGAGCACAGCAACCCCGAGAAGUACGUCUCAAUAAACAGCACCGGGGACUUUCUUGAGCUGAGUGAUGACGGUGAGGACUGUUUUGGGUUGGAGACGUAUCCUGCAGACUCUCGGUCAGACCCUGACCAGACUCCCAGCAGCUCUCUGGAUCGCAGCACACAUUGCCAGGGACCUUUCCACCCAGAGGAGAGCCCUGCAGACUCUCAGACUGAUGCUGAUGGGACUCCUGGUGUUGUCGAUAGUACGGUAUCAUCUUCUUCAGGGGAGCUGCCCUGUGGGGAGGAGGAGCCUUCCUCCACAAGCUGUCCUGAGAGCCUUUCCCUCGCUGAACAUGCUGAUGAGAGCCUGGCUGUGGAAGACAGGCAGCCGGCCAUCGUUCCUGAGGAGCAUGUGCAUGACGUCUCCACCAUCACUGCG